CUGUGAACAAACCUGCCCUGUUCAAUUUCGAAAACAUACAACAAAACGCUUUGGAACCUCAACAACUCUCUUGUUCACUGUCUCGGACACAAAUACAGACCAGCACUUACACACACGCACCUCGAGUCAAACAUACUCACGUGCACCGAACCUGUCAUCUGCCCGACGCCGUCUCUCCCUAGCCCUGACACCCUUCGCCCUAUGACACUUUUAUACAUCUUGCCAACCUAGCUUUUUUUCCUUCUUCUUGUUCUUCUUGCAGCGUCUCCAUUCUCCAAGGUCAACGUCUCGCACUACACAAACACAAGAGUCGACGACUUCUGCACGCACAGACUGCGAGAUCUUCAUCUCUACAAACCUAGCGACCACACACUGUCCGCCCCUCCUCCUGCUCCGAGACCAAGACCAACAACACUCUUCGCCAAGAUGCCUCGUCGCUCUCGCGCCAGUCGUUCCUCCUCUUCCUCCUCCUCUCGCUCCGCCCAGGUUGCCCAGCGCAGGAUCAUCCGGCUCGGCAAAGCCCAGAUGGACGAGCUGCGGGCCUACCGCGCCGACCCAGACCAGUUCUACCGCCAAAAGGUCGACCGCGAGUGUGAAGAGAUCAAGCGUAGCUUUUACCAAAAGCACAAGCGCAACAGGAUCUUCCUCCGUGUGCGAUCCCGCUCCCAGUCGCAGUCCUCCCAGGUCUCUGACCUGUAAUCUUCUCUCUCUCUCUUUCCUUUCGUCUCUGAUUUUUAAUGUUCAUUGUACAACACAAGACGAGGGCGGCAUGAUCCCCACGGCAUCUAUUGGCUGCGUCGGCAAGGCGUUCAGGGAAGCCGGGUCACACGGGUGAUGUGAUGUGAUACUUGGUCUACCAUCUUAUAAGGAACGGAGUUUCUGGUUCAUUUGGGGGGAUUCUUUUUCUUUGCUUGUUUUUUCUGUCUCUUUUGGGUGUUAUCUUGGGACCACCACGUCACUUUGCAUGGCAUUCAUAGUGAUCGGAGGGAGGCGUUGUGAUUCUUACAUGCACUUUAUUGAUUGGUAUGGCGGCAAAGGCGUUAAUGAGGUUACUCCAGUCGAUACCUCUGUUCUUUCUCCAUCUUAGGCAUGCAGAACGGAUAGAUAGUCAGUUAACCAGCCAGUCUGAACCAUUUCUGGUGGUAUGAUUGAUAUCUCAAGAAUUCAUAAUAUCAGCAAAAAAAACUCCAAGAG